AUGUGCUUCAAGGAUGACCUAGUGUUCCAGCUCAUUGCCCUUGGUAUCAUUGGCUACAUCUACACCGUGGUUGAGUUUAUCAUCAUCAUCCCAUGGUUUGGCAGUGACACCCUCAUGGGCCGCUUCCACCUCCUCCUCCUCAACUCCCUUGCUGUUGCUCUGCUCUAUUCCUACUUUGCUGCUUCAUUCACCGAUCCUGGUCGUCCUCCUGCCCACUAUAAUCCGAUGGAGGGCAUGGGAGAGGAGGAGAUGAAGAGGAACAAGCUGAAGCACUACUGCAAAAAGUGCGAUGCGUACAAGCCGCCUCGGACCCACCAUUGCUCGAUGUGCAACCGAUGCGUGCUCAAGAUGGACCACCACUGCCCGUGGGUCAACAACUGCGUCGGGCACAACAACCACAAGAACUUUAUGCUCUUCCUCUUCUACGUCGUCGUCGCCAUCGCCUACGCCUUUGCCAUGACCUGCUGGCGACUGACGGCAUUCUUCCCGCUCGAGAGCGCCGACGAGUACCUCUCGCCGGGCGCUGCCGUCAUUGUCGCCGUCGCCCUCUUUCUCAUGGUUCUUGUUGAGCUCGGCGUCGGCUUCCUCUUUGCCUUCCAGCUCAACCUGGCCACCAAAAACAUGACCACCAUCGAGUCGUGGGAGUUUGAGGACGCCGCCCGCCGCGCCCGCCGUCGCGGCAAGAAGGUCCGCCACACGUAUGACCUCGGCCUUGCCGCCAAUCUGCGGUUCUUCUUUGGCUCGCGCAUGGCUCUCUGGCUCUGCCCCUGCGGCGCCGAGACCGACGGCCUGUCGUACCGCACCUAUGACGGCGAGGCACAGGGCUUUGCUGCGGUCGCGGACUGGUCGGCACGGGCGCGCGGCACCGAUCGCGUGUGA